UUGUCUUUCGGCUAUCAGCGUCACCACAUGAUGCAUGAUUAACCAUCCCCUCUUUUAACGUUAUUUUCACGAAAUUGGUAAAAUAACGUUAGAAUUAGUGCACUUUUGCAUAGACGUUACCUGGUAAGAAAACAAAAAACCGCCGAGGAUUCGAACUCGGAAAAGAAAAAUCUCUAACCAAGCAGGUAACAGCAACCCAACAUUUGCUACUCCAAUUACAGGCCUGAUUAGGGCUCCAAUAGAAGGUUUCGUCUGAUGAGUUCUCUAAUUUCAGUUUCGCCGGUAAAGAUUUUGAGGCCUUGAGCAGAUAUUCGCGGGCUCAAGUAAUUAGUUUGCAGACAAAUAGAACUGUCAAACAACCACCAAAGUAGCCAACGACGUGGUUACUCCGCUAGUAUGACCCAUGAAAAAGAUCAAGCUUCAACUACCCAACCACCCCAAGCCACUGUCACUUGCCACCAAGUCGCACAACGCUCUAAUCAACCGCCACUCAACUGCCGGUGCUCACCGCGAUGUCCUCCUCCUCUACUUCACCAUGCUCAAAACCCACAUCCCCCCUGACCCUUACACAUACCCAAGUAUGCUCAAAGCUUGCACUGCUCUAAACCUCAUCUCACACGGCCUUUCUUUCCACCAACAUGUCGUCGUUAACGGGUACUCAUCCGAUGCCUACAUCGCUGCUUCGUUAAUCAACUUCUAUGCGAAAUUCGGGUAUGCAGAUGUUGCAUGCAAGGUGUUCGAUAUAAUGCCUGAGAGAAAUGUUGUCCCCUGGACUACGAUUAUCGGGUGUUACACUCGGUCAGGGGAUGUGAAUACCGCGUUUCGUAUGUAUAAACAGAUGCAGUAUGAAGGAAUUAAACCGAGUUCGGUCACUGUAUUAACCAUGGUUUCUGGAGUUUCGGAAUAUACCCAUGUUCAAUCUUUUCAUGCUUCUUCGAUCCAAUAUGGUUUCGUUUGUGAUUUGGCUUUAGCAAACAGUAUUCUAAAUUCAUACGGAAAAUGUCGGAGAGUCUCGGAUGCUAGUAACUUGUUUGAAUCAAUGGAUAAACGAGAUAUUGUCUCUUGGAAUUCAUUGGUUUCUGCUUAUGCUAACAUUGAUAACGUUAGAGAGAUCUCACAACUUAUAUCCAGGAUGUAUUUAAGUGAAUUGGAGCCUGAUCAACAGACGUUCGGGUCCUUGAUCUCCGCUGUUACACGACAAGUGGGCCCACGCAUUGCAAAGCUGGUGCACGGGAAAGUAGUAAGUAAUGGAUUCGAAGUGGAUCUACAAGUUAAAACACUACUUAUAACCAUGUAUCUCAAGUUUAAAGAUCUUACAACCGCUUAUCGACUAUUUGAAUCAACUCCAGAUAAAGACAUGAUCUUAUGGACCGCAAUGAUCUCUGGCCUUUUGCAGAACGAAGGUCCAGAUAAAUCUUUAUCAUUAUUUCAUAAAAUGAUAAUUUCCAACGUGAUCCCAUCUACGACAACCGUAGCUUGUGCACUUGCAGCGUGUGCCCAUUUGGGUUCGUUUCUUGCCGGAACGUCAAUUCAUGGUUACAUAUUAAGACAGCAAAUCCCAGUAGAUAUUCCCACUCAAAACUCUCUCAUUACGAUGUAUGCAAAAUGUGGCCAGCUUGAUAAAAGCUGUGUUGUUUUUGAAUCAAUGAAUUGUAAAGAUGUUGUGACGUGGAACGCGAUGGUUUCCGGGCACGCGCAAAACGGUCAAUUACCUAAUGCGUUAUAUGUAUUCAACGAGAUGAGAAAAUCGUUUGAGAAACCAGACGCGGUAACGGUAGUAUCUCUUCUUCAAGCUUGUGCGUCCAUCGGAGCUCAUCAUCAAGGAAAGUGGAUACACAAUUUCAUCAUUAGAAAUUCUCUCGAAUCAUCCCUAUUAAUCGAUACAGCUUUAAUCGAUAUGUAUUUCAAAUGUGGAAACAUAGACAGUGCUAGAAAGUGCUUUGACCGAAUGUCAAAGCAUGACGUGGUGACGUGGGGCACGAUGAUCGGUGGAUACGGUAGUCACGGUAAAGGGGAGGAUGCAUUAAACAUGUUCAUCGAGUUCUUGCAAUCGGGGCUAGAACCGAAUCAUGUUAUCUUCUUAUCGGUUUUAUAUUCUUGCAGUCACAGCGGGCUUGUUGACGAAGGUCUUACCCUUUUCGAUACAAUGAAGAAGCGUUACAAAAUCGAGCCAAAACUCGAGCAUUGUGCAUGCGUUGUCGAUCUUCUUUGUCGAGCUGGAAGGAUAAAAGACGCGUAUGAUUUCUAUAAGAAGACAUUUUCAGAACCGGUUGUUGAUGUUUUAGGGAUUCUUCUAGAUGCUUGCAGGAGUAAAGGUUAUAAGGAACUUGGAGACGUUAUUGCAAGUGAAAUACACAGUUUAAAACCCGAAGAUGCUGGAAAUUUGGUGCAGUUGGUUCAUAAUUAUGCGUCAAGUGCUGAAUGGGAUGGUGUCGGUGAGGCGUGGGUGCAAAUGAGGUCGCUUGGGUUGAAAAAGAUUCCGGCGUGGAGUUUUAUUGAAAUAAAUGGGAAUAUUACGACAUUUUUUAAGGACCAUAGUUCACAUCCUGAAUAUGAUGACAUAGUAAUGUGUUUAAAAUCGAUGAUUAUGCAUUUGAAACCUGGAAAAUCGGUUGCGGAUUCUUUAGAAUGUCAAGAUCCUUGAGUAAUAAGGUGCAAACAAAUACACAUACAUCUAUAUCUAUACUAUUAUAUAAUAUAGAUUGGAGAGGGAUCUGCAUUCAAUGAAGAUGGUGUUUUGGACAUUGACACCACAAUUUCGUCAGAUUAUGGAAUUGCAGUUACACCACACACUCCAUUUGGUGGCUCAUUGGCUAAUACAGAGAGUCGCAAUGGGCUAGUUGAUGGAAGGCCUUACCCUUUUCAAGACUAUGAAGAAUCUUUAUAAAAAUCGAGCCGAAACUCAAACAUUGUUGAUCUUCUUUUUCGAGCCAGAAGGAUUACAGAUGCAUAGGAAUUCUACAAGAAAACGUUUAUGGAAUCGGUGUUGAUGUUUUAGGGAUUCUUCUAGAUGCUUGCAGGAGUGAAAAUCGACCUAAGGCGCAGCUGAGGCGCACGCUUUUUGUACAUGGGGUGUUUUUAUGCUUCUGAGUGUUGUACAACAGGCUUUUUAUGUUGUACAUUUAUGUUUUUUUCCAUUUUAAAACGUAUAUAAAGCUUAAUUAUAGCUAAA